AUGGCUUUACCCAGCCUGAGGGCAGCAGCAUGCCACAUCUCACCCCACAUUCUCUCCGCUGCCCGUACAACUCAGAAGACUAUCCGUUGCAUCGAAUUAGCUGCCAGACAAUCGGCGAAUCUAGUCGUGUUCCCGGAAGCUUCAAUCCCUGCUUUUCCACUAUGGUGCUCACUUCUCCCGCCGACUCACACCCAUCAUUUCUUCCGACGGAUGGUGCAGGAGUCGGUCUGUGUUGAUGGCCAAGAGAUCUCUGCUAUUCGUCAAGCAGCCCGCGACAACCGCGUUGUUGUCAGCCUGGGUAUAUCUGAGAAGGUGCGAUACAGCUCCGGCACUCUUUUCAACACCAAUAUAAUCAUUGGCGAGGACGGCGAAAUCCUGGUUCAUCACCGCAAGUUGAUGCCUACAUUCUUCGAGAAGCUGACUUGGGCUCCUGGAGAUGGCUAUGGCCUACGCGUGGCCCAAACCCGGUAUGGCAAGAUCGGGGCAUUGAUUUGUGGUGAGAACACCAACCCACUGGCUAGAUAUACUCUCAUGGCACAGGGGGAGCAAGUCCAUAUUUCCACUUGGCCUGCCAUCUGGCCGACCCGAGUCAUUGUCGAGAAUGCGGGCCAUGAAGACAAUCCCGGAAGCACAAGGAGUCGCAAUUAUGACAACAUUGCAGCAAAUCAUACGCGAGCAGCGGCUCACUGCUUUGAAGCCAAAUGUUUCGGAAUCAUGAGCGCGGGACAUCUUGAUGAUGCUGCCAUGGCUGACAUUGCUGCAAUGACCGAGCUACCAGAGGAUAUGCACCAGAAGCUAGCAAGCUACCCCCGAGGAGCAACUCAAUUUCUUGACCCAACAGGCAAAAUCGUUCAGGGGGGAUUUGCAUUGGACCUCACCAAGGAUCAGCUGGUGGACGGACAAAACAUCGUCACUAAUAUGGAAGCGAUUCUCUUUGCAGACCUGGACCUGAACGAGUGCAUAGAAGGCAAGCAGUACCACGAUGUUGUUGGGGGAUAUCAGAGAUUCGAUGUCUUCUCGUUGCAAGUUAAUCGUCAGAGACACGAGCCUGUACAGUUUCAUGACGGGAACGAGGACGCACCGAGCUUGAGCAGCCUUGGUAAUGACGACCAGACAAGUUCCGGUGGGAAGGGGAGGGAAGCGUGA